AUGGACUGGGGCAACGUGACGGGCGAGGAGCUGCUCGACGCGCUGCGCGAGGUGGAGUGGUCCACGCCGCCUCGCCCGCUCGCGGAGUUCGUGCAGCGAUUCUCCGCGCCCAAGAACGCCAGCAAGUGGCGCAGCCGCUUAAAGUGCAACGCGUACUACUAUCGCACCAACUACUACAUCCUCGUCUGCUUCAUCAACGCCUGCUGUUUCGCCCGUAACCCUCUCGCGCUGUUCGCCGUGCUGUUCGCCGCCGUCUCCUUCGCCAGCCUCAACGACAGCUUCGCGCUGUCACUCAGCGAGCGCCUGACCAGAGCCAUCAGAAAGAUCUCCCCGCCCCUGGCGGCCAAGCUGCGACCACCGCAACAGCGAGCGGGUGUGAGGGGGCGGCCGUUGAGAGGCGCCGUGCACAUAUGCGGGCAGGACAGACGAGUCGUGCUCUUCCUGCUGCUCUUCUUGAGUGCAUGGCUGAACUAUGUCUCACGAGCCUAUGUCACCUUUGCCAUUGCCUUCACGUCAAGUGUUCUAUUGGUGGUGGUGCAUGCCACCUUCAGGUCACCCAAUCUUAAAGCCCGGCUAAACUCGUACAGAGAGGAGUUCAGGGCUGUGUGGCGGGGCUACAGUGAUGCGCCUUGA